AUGAGCCAGCAACCAUUUGGAAUAUGGCAGCUUUUAAUCCUAAUGGCAUUUAUCGAAAACUCUAUGGAAAUUAACUACGAGUUCACAAUGGAGGAUGAGCGUAUUACCAGCGAUUGCCAAGACGAAGCAGUCGGAACACUCAACAUUGAUGGAUUGUUCGACUGGUCAAAUGCCACUUUUGUAAUGGCUGAAGAAGGAGUGACACUUUCGGGAUCGAAAACCGUCGUGUGGGAUAUUCAGCCAUCGGACCGAGUUGAGCUACUGGGAAGCCUUUAUUACUUCGAUCGUGGCACCUGGCAACCGACCACGCUGAACAUGGUAAUCAAGGACUUUUGCAGCGUUAUGUUCGACAAGAACCAGGUGUGGUACGAUGCAUAUAGUAAGCAUAUAGCCAAUUCCGCAGAUGUAAAGGACACCUGCUAUAGAGUUAAAGGAAGUGUCAUUCAAUUUGAAACCUAUACGAUCAACUUGGAAUUCGGCAGUGGAGUGCCAUUCCAAAAAGGCCGAUAUGCAAUCCGUUUAAAGUUCAGGGCAUUUGAUAAAAAUGGAAAGAUUCGGCCAAAUGAAAUUUGUUUUGAAAUUAAGGGUAAUUUCUUAAAAAAAUCAGGUUGGAUGAAGUGAAAUAAUAA